UUACAAUAUGUAUUGCAGCUCAUGAUCUAGCGCAGAUAAAUCCAAUUCUCUUUUCCGACACGAGCCCAAAGUGUAUCUCUUCUGCUAUCUGGCAGAGUAACGGCUUUCCAGGGCAAAGCUCCGAGCUCACAUUGGUCCACACGUUGAGAGAUCUAUGUUAUCUUAAUAGACUGCCAAGACAUGACUGGGGGAUGGUUUUAACCGAGAUGCAUAAAGUAUUCUGUUGGUUCAUGUUAUGGGUCUGCAUUGAUGCCAAGGGCUUCUAGUUGUUGGACAGUUAAUACUCAUCGAUACAUUAAGUUGUCAUCCUCUUCUCAGAGCUCUUUUGGCUCUAAUCAUCACCAUUUGAUAUAUUUACCUUACAGAAGCGCAGGUUCUCAUUUCUACCCUUAACCAUCACCAACUCACUGUCCUAAUCCUAGGUUAAGAUGAAGUAUCUUCUAGAACAUACUGCGCUCGCCAUCGCCAGUGUGGCCUUCUUUGCCAUCGCUGACACUACCACCGGUGAAUGUGCUCCUUAUACUUGGACAUGGGAAAGCGAAAGAAGAGCGGCACACAUGGUGACCUAUCUCCGCGCCAGCGCGACACCUUACCCGCGCAAACCCUCGGACACGAAACCUGGUGAACUGAACUGCCGCAGUACGGGACGGACCUACGACGAGGCUAGUUCUUGGUCGUGCGAACAGAUUGCCAAUGCCUACUCUAUCUCCAUUGAGCGAUUCUUUGAGUUGAACCCAGAGUUGUCUCCCAAUUGCGAUGGCAUUCAGCCCAACACGGAAUAUUGUGUUCGUGGAUUCAUUGAGCCAGUUAGAUCUCAAGAUGGGCUUUGCGGUCCUAAUCACAAUAACGCGACAUGUAUUGGGACGCUUUUUGGGCAGUGCUGCAAUGCCGAGACGUGGAAGUGCGGCGAAACUAAGGAGGACUGUGCUGCGGGCACCUGCUGGGAAGGUCUCUGCCACGGCCACAAAAUCUACACUACUGAUGGCAAUUGUGGUUAUGAACACAACUUCUCACGAUGUGCGGGCAAAUGGGGUGAUUGCUGCAGCAUCGCGACAGGCAAGUGCGGGACUGGCGAGGACUUCUGCGGCAAAGGCAAGUGUCAGUCGGGCAAUUGCACCGAAGGAACCAAUUCGACUCCUAUCUAGAUCCUGAUCAAAUAAUCUGCGAGCUGAUUUAAGUCUCGCUGUUGGCCGACCCCAGCAUGUAUGAAAUUGCUUUAAAAAGUCAUCUCGGUUAGGCUAGGUUGAUGUAUGGUCGCGGUGCGUCUUACCAACAGUAAUGAUGCCAGACUAGAUGUCCCCAACAACACAUUGCCAAGCCAGUAAAAGAGCCGUUGCCAAGACGAGCUUGGGAGAGUACUAAUAAAAAUGAAUGCAUUCGGAUCACAUGAUGCUCAUGUCUGGUUUAAGGAAGAGGCUUGGCGGGAGGGCGUCUAGGUAGUUUUUAGAAAGAAUUCAACC